UCCUUCUGCCUCUCAUCUUCCCUUUUCCAUUUUCCUAGUACCUCCUACUGCCUCCUCUCAACCACCCUUGCGUGUUUCUUCAUCUUUCCCCGUGCUUAUUAAAAAAUGUCCUGUCACACACACACACAGGCUUCUCUUUGUUAUUAGACAUUUAAAAAAUUAAUUCUUGAUCAUUCAACUUGAUUAUUUAGACAUUACUGUACAGACAUCUUUUCUCGUUUAACACCACAUCAUGGCUGUCUGUCCCUCUAGAUCCACACAGGGAGAUUUAACACAUGCUUAAAGUCUUCAUAAUAGUCUUUAAAGAUUAGCCACACUGUUCCCACUUAACCCUACCUCCCAGGUAGGGUUCCCCCAGUAACACUUUCACACAUAACUUAUUUACUGUUCCUUUUACUUCUGGAAGAUUCCGAGAGGAAAGAUCGCUGGGUCAAAGGUCACGUGCGUUUUCAAUUUUAAUAGCUAUUCCUGGAUUACUUUCCCAAAGGGUUCUAACAACUCGCAUUGCUCUCAACACGUGUGAGAGGGUCCUUUGCUCUGACAGGUCUUCUGAAAUACUUGCUCAAUCGUUACUUAGCAGGGGAUUGUAACGGAUUUUUUUCUUUUUCUCUUUUGAGACGGAGUCUAGCUCUGUCGCCCAGGCUGGAGUGCAGUGGCGCGAUCUCGGCUCACGGAUUUGUUUUUUUAAAGAACAUACCCUUUUAUAUUUAAAUGAAGGAACUCAUUGAUGCACCGAGGCGAAAGGAACAUUUAAUUAAGCCUGUCUUCCUCUGCGGAGUGAUCGCUUUUGUCACUUGUUCGAGGGGUGGGGGCUCCCGUCAGUUGUCCCUGUUUCUGUGAGACGUCUACCGAAGCCCUGGCUUGGCUUUAACCUGGCUUGGCUUUAACCGCUGAGCGGCUUCAACCGGCGGCGUCCAGCUGGCUCCGCCAGCGCUGCCGCCGCCCUCGAGGCUCUCUGACUGAAGGCGCUCGGAGCAUCGCGAAAUUAGGGGCUCCUGGUCCCUCAAACAUCCAAAGAAGCCAUUUUCAGGGCCUAGGGACUGGCCCCCCGCGAGCCGCCACAGCCCCCGCCCGCGAGCCGGGCCGAACGCCCGAACUCACGAGCUCCCGAGCUCCCGUCGGGCGGCGGCCUCACAGCUGGGGGCCCUGAGGCGGAAGGCGCAGCCGCUCAGCUGCGGGCCGGGGGCGUGGCGAGGGCGCACAGGUUCUGUUUUUCGCCGGCCCGGGGCCGCUUUCGGUUUCGUUUCCCGCCGGCGCCUCCACUCUGCGAGAGCCGCCCGCCAGCCAGCGUCCGCCGCCGUCCGCGUCGAGCCAUACGCGGUCCGACGGGCGCAGGCACAGCGGCCAUGGCCCAGGCCGGCGUCGUCGGUGAGGUGACCCAGGUGCUGUGCGCGGCCGGGGGCGCCCUGGAGCUGCCCGAGCUGCGGCGCCGCUUGCGGAUGGGCUUGAGUGCCGACGCGCUGGAGCGGCUGCUGCGGCAGCGUGGCCGCUUCGUGGUGGCGGUGCGGGCGGGCGGCGCCGCCGCGGCCCAGGAGCGCGUGGUGCUGGCCGCGUCGCCGCUGCGCCUGUGCCGCGCGCACCAGGGCUCGAAGCCGGGCUGCGUGGGGCUCUGCGCGCAGCUGCACCUCUGCAAGUUCAUGGUCUAUGGCGCCUGCAAGUUUCUGAGAGCCGGGAAGAACUGUAGGAAUAGUCACAGCUUGACAACCGAACAUAACCUGAGUGUGCUGAGAACUCAUGGCGUUGACCACCUGAGCUAUAACGAGCUAUGCCAACUAUUGUUUCAGAACGACCCCUGGCUUUUGCCAGAAAUUUGCCAACAUUACAACAAAGGAGAUGGACCCCAUGGCUCUUGUGCCUUUCAAAAACAGUGCAUCAAGCUCCAUAUCUGCCAGUAUUUUUUACAGGGGGAAUGCAAGUUUGGCAAGAGCUGUAAGAGAUCCCAUGAUUUCUCUAAUUCUGAGAAUCUGGAAAAAUUGGAGAAGUUGGGUAUGAGCUCAGACCUGGUGAGCAGGCUGCCUUCCAUUUAUAGAAAUGCACAUGAUAUCAAGAAUAAGAGCUCUGCCCCCAGCAGAGUGCCUCCUCCUUUUGUCCCACAGGGGACUUCUGAAAGAAAAGACAGUUCAGGUUCUGUGUCCCCAAACACUCUUAGCCAGGAGGAGGGUGAUCAGAUCUGUCUGUACCAUAUCCGGAAAAGUUGUAGCUUUCAAGAUAAGUGCCAUAGAGUUCAUUUCCAUUUGCCGUAUCGAUGGCAAUUCUUGGAUAGAGGCAAAUGGAAGGAUUUGGACAAAAUGGAACUUAUCGAAGAGGCAUAUUGCAAUCCCAAAAUAGAAAGGAUCCUGUGCUCUGAGUCAGCCAAUACCUUUCACUCUGAUUGUCUGAACUUUAACGCCAUGACUUAUGGUGCUACCCAGGCUCGCCGCCUCUCCACAGCCUCCGCUGUCACCAAACCUCCACACUUCAUCCUCACCACUGACUGGAUUUGGUACUGGAGUGAUGAGUUUGGUUCUUGGCAGGAAUAUGGAAGACAGGGCACAGCGCACCCUGUGACCACUGUCAGCAGUAGCGACGUGGAGAAGGCCUACCUGGCCUACUGCACACCGGGGUCUGACGGCCAGGCAGCCACCUUGAAGUUCCAGGCCGGAAAGCACAACUACGAGUUAGAUUUCAAAGCAUUCAUUCAGAAAAACCUGGUCUAUGGCACAACUAAAAAGGUUUGCCGCAGACCCAAAUAUGUGUCUCCCCAGGAUGUGACGACCUUGCAAACCUGCAAUACCAAGUUUCCAGGCCCGAAGAGCAUCCCAGACUAUUGGGACUCCUCUGCCCUGCCAGACCCAGGCUUUCAGAAGAUCACCCUUAGUUCUUCCUCGGAAGAGUAUCAGAAGGUCUGGAACCUCUUUAACCGCACGCUGCCUUUCUACUUUGUUCAGAAGAUUGAGCGAGUACAGAACCUGGCCCUCUGGGAAGUCUACCAGUGGCAAAAAGGACAGAUGCAGAAGCAGAAUGGAGGGAAGGCCGUGGACGAGCGGCAGCUGUUCCAUGGCACCAGCGCCAUUUUCGUGGAUGCCAUUUGCCAGCAGAACUUUGACUGGCGGGUCUGUGGUGUUCAUGGCACUUCCUAUGGCAAGGGGAGCUACUUUGCCCGAGAUGCUGCGUAUUCCCACCACUACAGCAAAUCCGACACGCAGACCCACACAAUGUUCCUGGCCCGGGUGCUGGUGGGCGAGUUCGUCAGGGGCAAUGCCUCCUUUGUCCGCCCCCCAGCCAAGGAGGGCCGGAGCAACGCCUUCUAUGAUAGCUGCGUGAACAGCGUGUCUGACCCAUCCAUCUUUGUGAUCUUUGAGAAACACCAGGUCUACCCGGAGUAUCUCAUCCAGUACACCACCUCCUCCAAGCCCUCGGUCACGCCCUCCAUCCUGCUGGCCUUGGGCUCCCUGUUCAGCAGCCGACAGUGAGUGCACCAGAGUGUUCCAGGCCUUUCGCCUGCUCUGCCUUGAAAUGGCAAUUUGGGCCUUUCCUUUUCUUUUUAAACAGAAAACUUUUAAUGAACUAUUCAUUUAAUGUUGACCUCUCAAUGAAGUUAUAUUAUUAAUCUAUUGCUAAUAAUGAUUUUUACUUUUAAGUCACUUUUGGGCUCACUAGUGGACUAACCAGAAGUGAUUGUAGUUGAGUCCAGUUUUUGCUUUUUAAUAAUGUGUUGAAGUUUUAGUUUUUACUCUUUGUUGACUUUGCUGCUUAUUGGCACCAGGGACAGAGUUUCUAGAUACAAUUUUAUGGAUUGGUUUUAAUUUUUAUGAGUUUGUCUCUGCAGUGAUUCGGUUUUUCAGAGUCUCAUGGCAUCAUAGUUUUACCAGAAUGACACAGUAGCCACUGGUGGAGGACAGCCCAGGGGUGGCAUAGUCACUUCCGCCUGUUGCUCUGACACCAACCCAGGCAGCUCUGCUGUGGCUUCUCCUGGGCUCUGGCAUUAGUUGGUCUGUGUCACAUUGUCAGAACAGGUGGCUGCUAUGUGGUGCCAUCGAGUCCCUGCUGGUUCCCCUUGUCCUGGUAGGGUCACCCAUUGCCAAAGGAAGUACAUCCACUUGGCAGGUGACCUGGAGGAGUAGCUUCCCCGAGGACCCCCAGGCUUGGCCUGUGAGUGCCCAAACCCACAUUUCCUAAGCACACUGGACACCCUCUGAAUGCGGGUUUUAAUAAACAUCCCCGUGAGAUUGAAUACCUGUGCCACACAUGUCACAAAAGAGUAUGGAAAUAAAAGAAAAUUUAUCCAAAGUGGAUGAAGACUGAA